AUGACAGAACGUGAAGUAGGCCCUAUGAUGUGCAUGGGAAUGUGAAAGAUGAGACAAUGCAAAUUAUGUUAUCAUAGAACGAUGACGGACGUGAAACCGCCACCAUUAUAGAAAGAGAUAUCAAGAACAAUGGACCAGUGAUUCACCAACAUGGAUUAAAAACCAAACAGUAAAACAUGUCUAGAUAAAAUGUGAAUGGAAUAUUGUGACAUCAUCAGACAAGAAUAAGCCUGUUUGUUGUAGCCUAAUAAGUGGGAAUAAGUGACAUAACGGAUAUAAUAAGACACCGAAAAUCUACUUUAGAAAAUAUUACAGAUAAGACACUGAACACAGAUGGGAAGAAAAUUGACUACAAAUUCUGGUAGUUUAUUUUUUAUUAUCGGUCUUUGAACGGUACAGAAACCUAAAACCAACAUCAAGAUGGACGAGAGAUAGACCACGUGGUAUUAAAGAUAAUAGUCGUAUAUUGAAGAUACAUUCCGAAAGAAAACAAAAAGCAUCCGGUUCUUAAAAUGGAGUCUACGUUGUUAAUAAAAUGGUUGACUUGUGUUGUGAACCUACUGAUUCUUAUGGUUGGUUUAGCGGAAUGUCGGAAUAGACGAUUUCCACACAGGGGACCACAUACUUGUGGACCACCAAGUGAUUUAAGAUGUUGUCCAGGAUGGAUUGCCUCCCGUUACACUGGACUUUGUAUUCACAAAUGCCAACACUGUGAAACAAGUCAAAAUGGUAGAUCUCCACAUCAGAGAUUCCAGUCCGAUUCUCCUCACAUGAUAUUACCGGAUAAAUCACCUGCUUAUCCUACCCGACAUCAACGCCAUUCAUCCAACACCCGAAAACAACAACAACAAUUUCAUGCACAUAGCCGCCGCCAGGAACAGAAGCCGAGAACAAUGUCUAUGGAUAAAACCCCCACUGACAGAAGACGAAAAGAACAUAUGAGUAAACCGUCAUACAGUGUGCCCGCUAAAGGACCACGAAAUAGAGGACUACAUAAUCCAAGGGGCUUCUUCCGACCUCAUAUUACAUCUUCCACAGGCUUACAAAAACAUGGGCGACACCACACGAUGCCAAAGAUUGGCUACCGGACUAUACCUAAAAGAAAAACACACCGGCACAUGUCGCAAGUAAGACAUCCUAAGUCAAAAUCGGUCUCAAAAUGGAGUGAACACUUCAAGUCUCGCUCUCGACCAAAUAUCCGUAGGGUUUAUGAUAAAAAUGGAAGAGUGCGUGUUCUAACAAAUCCGCAAAACCGAAAAGGAUCUCGAGAAACAACGACGGAAUUCAACAAAGAUGAACCGCGGAGAUAUAAAGGUUCUUUGCCAAUUAGAAAAAUUUCCACUCAGACUAGAACUGGCGUUAGUAAAAAUCAACGAGUCAACGCGCCAAUCAGUCCGAGAAAGCUUCACAUGUCAGAGGUUAGGAAGAUUGUGUCGACGGGGCGGGUUACGCAACGGAAUUUAUCUAAUGGACUAACGAAAACGACAACAUCUACUCCAAAUAUCGUGGGAAACAAUAAAAUUGCAGUUGAAGCCAGUCUACAAGCUGACGAACCCUUGAGGGACCUCGAUGUGUCAUCAGACGAUGAAGUGAUACUCUCUGAUCUUGUUGUAGAUCUUCCAACAGCAAAUGCAUCAAAUCAAGUUUCCAUCACUGAGACGAACUCCUCAACAACCGUUGAAAAAUUGGAAGUCAUCUGCCGAGGGGACCUUUGUCUCCAGAAACAAAGAUUACUCACGCACAACUCAACGUCAACAAAAGAAUAUUUGGAUCCUUCUGAAGUAGCUUGUCCUCCUGGCUACUUCAAAGCCAUUCGAGAAAACAUCAUCGUUUGUGAGGCUUAUAGAAAAAGUGUGAAACGAAAAGGAAUCGUUGACCGAACGAAGAAUAAAAAGAAAAAGAAGAAGAAAAAGAAGAAGAAGAAAAAGAAGACUACUGCUACUCCAGAAGAAGCUACAACCACCCUAUCCCCCAGAAGCACAACCGCUUUCAAAAAGGCACCAGAAAGAACCUCGGUUAAAUCUGACAUAACCUAUAGAGCCAAAGAUUGUCCACCUGGUCAGAUAAAAACCAACAGAGGGGAUCUAAGUUUAUGCAUCGAUGAUCCUUCUGAACACACGACAAAACCCGAAAACACAGUUGGCACGGGAGAAACAUGUGCCCCAGGACAGCAAGCGGUUCUGAAAAGUGGUCAAACGUUUUGUGAAACGGACGGAACUGUUGUUGUCACGUCCACAUAUUUAGAAGAAGCUUGCCCACGGGGACAGAAGUCAGUGCGAAGGAACAAUCAAGUUUUUUGUGAAGCUGAAGGAUCGGUGGAAGCAGAAACAACCCUAACGGUAACCCCAGACUCUAAUAAGGAAGUUAGAUUCCCAUGUCCUCGGGGGCAGGUCCCAAUAUUGACGAGUUCGGGUUUCAUAUGUGCCACGCCUCCAGAUUCUGAUGUGAAUACGUCGGUUGAAUCGGGAAAGACGAAGGUCGCUUGCCCUGAUGGUGCCACACCAAUGACUAUAAAUGGACAUCUGGUGUGUCAGGAUAGUGCUGAAACUGAUAUCGUUGAGCCAAGAAACGGUAUUUGCCCUGACGGAUUUUCACUACAGGUAGUGGCUGAACGCCCAAUAUGUAAAAGAGACCAAAUCGAUUUCAUGGAACCCACAAAUGGGAAAUGUCAUCCAAACUAUUCUCUUGUUACGAUCAACGAUAACUUAGUUUGUCAAAGGAUAGGAAUUCGGGAAGUUGAUAAAGAUUUUAUAGACCCUGAUAACGACAGCUGUCCACAAGGUUAUACGCUCGUCACCGUGGACGGAAGGUCGAGUUGCAAGAGGUCGUAUGAUAUAAGCAAAGAAAACACGGAUGUAAUAGACACCAUGAACGGCGGAUGUCCACCUGCCUAUUCGCUGAGAACCAUCAAUGGUAAAUAUGUCUGUAAGAGGAAGGACACAGAGUUGGUGGAUGAAACCGAAUUCAUUUUACCUGAAAAUGGAGAGUGCUCAGAAGGAUAUACUCUAAUCACAUAUCACAGGAAACUAGUGUGUAAAAAGAACGAAGAGAGAACCCAAGAGGGGACGAAUGUCGUCGAUCCAAUCAAUGGCAGAUGCUCUACGGGUUACUCGAUGUCGACUGUUAACAGGAGGUUGGUCUGUGUGAAAGAUAAUCAGGUGACACAAGAAGAAGUGACAAGAAGCACCGUUGCUAGAGCAGAUUUCGUUCAACCCAUCAACGACGACUGUCCUUCUGGUUAUAUACUAACCACUCUUAACGGGGACGAAAUAUGUAGAAGACUUCAAGUUGGAAUAGACUAUUUGUUACCCGAAGGUGGAGCUUGUCCUACAGGCUCAACAUUAACUACAGUUGCAGAUCGACUGAUCUGUAAGAAGGAUUCCAAAGAUGACCAGGCGAAGACACUCGAUUGCCCUAAAGGCCAAAAACCUGUCAAGGAGAAUGGAAGAACGAUUUGCAAAAGUUUCACACACCGCGAGAUAGGCGUUACACCCGAUUUGGCGUGCCCACCUGGUUACAGAAUGUAUAAGGGUUUGUGUGAGGAUGAGAAGCUAAUUCUAAUCUUAAUGGAAACCGAAAAUAAUCUUCACUGUCCAGAUGGACAGGUGCUAGCUGAGAGAAAUAACAUGUUUUAUUGCGAGAACGAAACCGUUGCAACUCAACCUCCAAUCACCCCAAAGAGAUGUCCCCCGGGCCAGUAUCUUAUCAAUCAGAAUGGACAGACUUUUUGCGGAAGUGAAAUGGCGCAUACGACUACUGAAUACAUUAGCAAGUGCUUGCCGGGUGAAACAUCCGUAAUACGAAACGGAAAAGAACUUUGUGAAGCGUCUCACGGAGACAUCGAUAUAACGAGUAAAAUUUCUAGAACCUCGACAGCUGUAGCUCCUACAACCACCCCGAUGUGCUCUGUAGAACAGAUUCAAGUAAUAAGAGAUGGUCAAAUUUUCUGUGAGCAAAUUGAAACAACUACCUUACCUCCGAGUACUACCCUCCAACCAUGUUCUGCAGGUCAACGAACUGUAAGAAAAAACGGAAAGACUUUCUGUGAAUUACCUGGAGGUGUUUUAAUUGAAGUUUUUCCAGAUGUCGUAUCUGUCUGUCCCGAUGGCACAAUCCCCAUAGAACGAAAUGGCGUGCGUAUUUGCGGGGAUGGUAGAACUCCAAAAUGCCCUAGAGGAACAAGGCCAGUUUCAAGGAAUGGACGACAGCUUUGUCGGAAAAGUGAUAGGUCUAUAACAAGAAGACCCCGACUCGGACCACCAAGCACAAAGCAACCCGUAACCACCGACUGCCCACCGGGCCAGACGAAAAUUGUAAAGAAUAAUGAAGUCAUCUGUGACACAAUUCCAAGGUCAAUAACUCCUACCGACCUAGGUCAUGAAACAUCGGAAAGAACAACACCACCCAUAAGAGAAAACAUAGAUUGCCCAGAAGGUUAUACUGAAGCAAUCGAAGAUGGCUCAAGAACCUGUAUACCCGAAGAAAAUAAUGCUGUGACUCCAGAAGGAGAAUCACAUGGCGAUUGCCCAAAGGGUUAUGUGAAGGUUGCACUGAGAAACGGGAAAUAUGAAUGUGAACUGAAGAUCAAUACAGGAGAAACACGCGAAGAAAGAUGCCCCGAUGGCUACAAGGAAAUUGUUUUGCGAAAUGGUAAUUUGGAUUGCGAACUUGAGGAGGAAGAUUGCCCGGAAGGAUAUAAAAAGGUUAUCUUAAGUGACGGUGAUUUUGACUGUGAGAUAGACGAAUCUGGAGACUGUCCUGUGGGAUAUCGGAAGGUGUAUUUACAGGGUGGUGCGUUUGAUUGUGAAAUGGAUGGAUCCGAAAUAUGUCCUCCUGGAUACCGACGUGUGACCCGUAGGGAUGGCAGCGUUGAUUGUGAAGUGAUAGCGACAGACUGUCCAGAAGGAUUUACGAGGAAGUGGAGGCUGAAUCGUUAUCUUUGUGAACCAGAUUAUUCUCGAACAAGAGACAAUAAUGGGGAAACUGGUUCGGAUUGGGUUGAUCCGUCCUUAGUCGACUGUCCUCCAGGAUAUCACCGAGCACUAAGAGACAACAUACUGGUUUGCGAGGCCCUGCGAGGAAGUAUUGUAGCCGAGGCGAACAUAACCUGCGCCUCAAAUGAACUGUUAGCGUUUACAGAUGAUGGUCCUCAGUGUGUCAUUUUCAGAUGCAAUGAUAGCGAGGAGUUGGUUGUAGUUGAUGAUGUAAGGAUCUGUAAAACGAUAGCAACAACUACCCAGGUCCCAAUCUGUCCGCCGGAGAUGGAAGUUGUCCGAACAGAAUCGGGAUACAUUUGCGUUUAUAAAGAAGUAACAACGACCACCAUAAGAACUACCACCAUAUCGUGUCCAGAAGGUGGGAUCCGGGUUCAUACUGACCAGGGAAUCCGGUGUAUUCGUCUACAAAUCCAGAAACCAACAAGUACCGAAUCACCAUGCGCUGAAGGACUUACGCCAGUAAGAACGGCCGUCGGUCCCAUUUGCGUAUUUAGACAAUCUACAACAACAACGACCACAACAGCACCAGCGUCUUGUCCAGAAGGUCAGGUUUUGAUGGAAACCGUAGAUGGAGGAGCUGUGUGCGGGUUUGAAUCGUUUGGGGAAGUAACCUGUGCGAGAGGACAGGUAGAAAUUUACACAUUAGAUAGUCAAAUCGUUUGUAAAAAUAUUGAAGAUUUAUCAGCGGAUGAGAACCCUUGCCCACUAGGAUUGGAAAUAGUCGCCACAGAAAAUGGAGCUGAGUGUAAAUACCCACAAACAAACGUCCAUGACGAGCAUGAAAUUCCUUCCUGCACAUCGCCACAAAUAUUAACAUUAACAAAAUAUGGAUUUUUCUGUGAAGACUUGAUUGUGGAUGAACGGUUGCCGGUUUGUGUGGAAGGCGAGGUUGUCGUGCAAAUAAACCAGACCUUACAAUGUGUCCAGAAACAAUUUGUUAGUCUUGUUUGUGAUACGGGUCAUCAUAUAGUUAAGACAGGAUCUGGAUAUUUCUGUCAGGUAUCUGAGUUCGAUGUGAAGGAAGAAUGCCUGGAAGGCGAAAUCUUGCUAAUUAUUGGUUCGGAAAGAAUUUGCAAAAAACUUGAGAGGAAUUUAGAUUUAUGUGGCGAAGGAUAUAAAGCCAUCCGGACGAAGGAAGGCUUCGUGUGCAGCAGUCUUCACCUACCCUUGGAAUGUCCAGUGGGAUACCACAUUCUCAUCAAUUCUGAUGGCAAGCCAGAAUGUUAUCCUCUAGAAGACGAUGCACCAUGUUCCGGUUUAGAUGGCGUACCUUGUGACAAGGGAGUUAAGCUUGUUCAAUGUCGUCCCGGAUAUGAUGUCAUAGAAGGUUUGCAGGGUCCUAAAUGUGAACUAGGUGACUUUGUUGAGGUUGUUUGCAACGAAGAAAGUCACUGUGUUGCAGAAUCGUGUAAAACUGGAUACGGAACACGCACGUGCCAAGAUCUGCUUCAGCUGGUCCUGGACGGAUGUAUCCCACAAUGCUCUAACGGCGGAACCUGCAUAAAUAAAACCUGUUAUUGUCCGGCAGGUGUUGCUGGUGGCUCGUGUGAAGAAGAUAUUAACGAAUGUCUGGAACUGCCUGAAGGAUAUUGUCAACAUGGUUGCCACAAUUCGUUUGGUAGUUUUGAAUGCAGGUGCCCACAUGGUUCCACUCUCAAUGAAGAUGGCAGAACUUGCAGUGAAAUUGGGUGUAUACCAGACUGUAUGAAUGGUGGAAUAUGUGUGGGCGGUGUUUGUACCUGUCCACGUGGUUUUACGGGCUCUGUCUGUGAGAAUGAUAUAAACGAAUGCCAGGAACAGAACGGAUUGUGUGAGUUUUAUUGCAGGAAUACAUUUGGUAGUUUUUCCUGUAUUUGUCCACCAGGCUCCAGGCUACGAGAUGAUCACAGAACUUGUAUGAAUACUACCUGUAUACCAGAAUGUCGAAAUGGUGGAGAAUGUCAGAAUCAUAAAUGUAUAUGCCCGACUGGUUACUAUGGUGUUAUUUGUCAACUAGAUGUGAAUGAAUGUUACAGUGGUAAACCCUGCAGCCAUGAAUGCGUAAACACAAGAGGAAGUUAUCGCUGUGUUUGCCCAGAUGGAUGGAGAUUAAAAUCAGAUGGAUCAACCUGCCAGUCUUAGGAAUAUAGAGUGACAACAGGGGUUUAAUAAAAAAUAACCACACCCUGAUAUCAGGACUUUCAGAAAGGUUAAGCAUACGUUUGCGUUUACUGUGUUUACUGUUCAGCGACGUAGUAAGGAGAACUACUUAACUGACAUUACAUAUAUCAGAAAAUGUGUACUAAACGUUUAAGAAAUGUGUGUAGUAAAUGUUUGUAUUAAAUGUGCAGGACAUGCGUGUAGGAAAUGCGUGUAGUAAACGUCUAGGAAACCUGCGGAGACGUGCUGUAGACGUGUGUUGUAAACGUGCAGUAAACCUGUUUAAUAAACGUGUAGUAAAAAUGUGAAGUAAACGUGCAGUUAACGUUUGUAGUAAACGUGAUAGGUGCAGUAAACGCGUGGUGUGAACUUGCCGUAAACGUAUUUCGUAAACAUGUGUAGAACAAGUUUGGUGUAGUAGACGCGUGAUGUGAACUUGCCUUAAACGCGUGUAUUAAAUGACUAAUAAACGCGUAGUAAACGUGUAUAUUAAACGUGUCGUAAGAAUGUAGUAAGCAUGUAGUAAACGUGUGUAUUAAAUGACUAGUAGACGUUUCGUAAACGUGUAGUGAACGUGUUUAUUAAACGUGUCGUAAACAUGUAGUAAACGUGUUUAUUAACGUGCAGUAAAAAUGUAGUAAGCAUGUAGUAAACGUGUGUAUUUAAUGACUAGUACACGUGUAGUAAACGUGUUCAUUAAACGUGUCGUAAGCGUGUAGUAAACGUGUUUAUUAAACGUGUCGUAAGCGUGUAGUAAACGUGUUUAUUAAACGUGUAGUAAACGUGUUUAUUAAACGUGUCGUAAACGUGUAAAAAACGUGUUUAUUAAACGUGUCGUAAACGUGUUUAUUAAACGUGUCGUAAGCGCGUGGUAAACGUGUUUAUUAAACGUGUCGUAAACGUGUUUAUUAAACGUGUAGUAAACGUGUUAAUUAAACGUGUCGUAAACGUAAACGUGUUUAUUAAACGUGUCGUAAACGUAUUUAUUAAACUUGUCGUAAACGUGUUUAUUAAACGUGUAGUAAACGUGUCGUAAGCGUGUUUAUUAAACGUGUCGUAAACGUGUUUAUUAAACGUGUCUAAUAAACGUGUAGUUAACGUGUUUAUUAAACGUGUAGUAAACGUGUUUAUUAAACGUGUCUAGUAAGCGUGUAGUUAACGUGUCUUGUGAACGUGGAGUUAACGCGUGUACUCACUCAAUCAAGUAAGUGCUGGCGUGUUUUGUAAAUAGAUUAGCUGGAUGGGAUAAAUGAAUGGUUUGUGGGCGAAGACAAUUAACAGUGAUUGGAUAACUUGUGACUCAAACCCAAGUGGAAUGAAAACUCACGAAUUGUUUUCAGUUAAUGAAACACGUGGAAUACGAUAUUUCUGGACAUCUUAAAUUGUCUCAUGUGGAAUAAUAACACAAUCUAAACGUGUAAAUAUUAUGGAUAUUGAUGAAUUAUGGUACAACGAAAACUGAUUGUCUUUAGUUCAUUGUUUUUAAUAGUCUAUAGUCAUGAUCGUAGACUUCGCAAGCUACAGCUUCCAAACGGCCACAGGCAACCAAAUAUCAAUAUCCUUUGUGUUUAUUUCGUGGUAACUUAAUCGUCUUAUAUACAAUGACGAAUUUAUAUGGAGGGAGACCCAAUGUUAUUCUACUUAUGCCCCCCCCCCCCUCAUCAUCCAAGCUCACAAGGAGAAGAUGAAAGUGUGUUUUAAAAACAAUUAAAAGGCCAUUCUACUUAUGAAGCCCCCCCCCCCCAAUUGCCCAUUCCGACAACCCGGGUAAGAUGAAAGUGUGUUUUGAAAACAAUGGAGCAAAGCUGAGGAUGAUACGGAUGUUUAAGUCUUUAAAGUUGCAACCAAUGAUUAUGUAAUACAAAACGAAGCAUACUGGUCCUCAUCAAAUGAUUACACAGACCACAAGCUUACAUAUAAAACGCCAGGGUCAUUCUGUCGCACUGUAUCUUAAUCCUAGGCAUGUUCAGACAUUAACCUGCUCUGUUGCCACUUUAACAAGGGAAGUAUAAAUGCCAUGGGUUUUUAUACGCCCACAUUCAAAUGUGGUCGUAUAUUGUCGUCGCCCCCGUCCGUCCGUCCGCCCAUCCGUCCGUCAGGCGUCCACAAUUGCUUGUGGCCCCUCUAGAGGCUAAAGUUAAUAUCCGAUUGACUUUAAAUUUCUACACAGUGUUUAAGGUCAUGAGACGAAGAAGCCUAUUGAUUUUCAGCGUUUUCCGAUAAUUACUGCCAGAGUUAUGGCCCUUGAUCACUUUGAAAAAUCCUGUGGACGCUCUAGAGGCUAAAGUUAAUAUCCAUCCGUCCGUCGGUUUGGCGUCCACAAUUGCUUGUGGAUGCUCUAGAGGCUAAAGUGAAUACCCGAUUAGUGACUUUAAAUUAUACACAGUGUUUACGGUCAUGUGAUGAAGAAGCCUAUUGAUUUUCAGCGAUUUCCGAUAAUUACUGCCAGAGUUAUGGCCCUUGAUCACUUUGAAAUAUCUUGUGACGCUCUAGAGGCUUGUGUUAUCAUCCGAUUGACUUCACAUUGAUACACAGAGUUUAAGGUCUUGAGACGAACAAGUAUAUUGAUUUUCAAUGAAUUUUGAUAACUUGAACAGCUAAAUCCAUAAUAUUAAAUGUUUCGUAUGCUAAACGUUAGCAUGGGGCAGAACUUUAUAAAAACCAAACAAAUUCUAAUGAUUUUCUGAUAAUUACUGAAUGAGUUGUUACUCUUAAUCAGAUUUUAGUGUAUUAUAAAUGUUUUAUUACUGAAAAAAGUAAAAAUAUGCGACAACUCUUCUUGACUGCCCGGACGAUUUAGCUGUCGUGGGCGUAUGUUUCUUUGUCUGGCAACCUAUCUUUAUAGUGGCUGACGUCAUAGAUAGAUUUCUUGAUCAGAGUCUGUGAUGUCUUAUGAAUACUUAUUCAAGAAAUGUUCAAACCAUAUUAAAACUUAUAAAAUUUACACAAUAUA